GCAUUGCCUUUGACUUACCACACCGGAAAAUGCACGAAGUUUCUGCGUUUUCCCAUCUAUUCACGAAAAGGCGGUUACUAAUUUAUUAAAGAAACUUUGCAAUGUCUGACCUGGAGGAAGGUGAAAUAACAGAUUCUGAAAACGACGAAUAUCAAACAAAGAAAGAGGGAAUUAAAUCAGAAUUACCCACAUCAAACCUUGCAACAGCUCCCCUGGCUGUCAGUUACAGGUCAGCAAAGCCUCAACAUGAUGACAGUGAGGAUUCAAACAGCUCCGCCUACAGUGAGGAAGAGACACCACUAUGGAGAUGCAAAAAGGCCAAAUAUUUCUCUUCUAGCAGACAUGAUGAAAAGAACAUGAUAACAGAACUCCCGGAGGAGAUCAAGUCUCCUGUUCGCAGAAAUGAGAGACCAGCAGGUGGGAGUGGAAAUCCUGAGUUGGCUAAAAGAAAAAUAAACAAUAUCUGGGGUUCUGUCCUCACAGAGCAAACUCUGACACAAGAUUUAAAAGGAGUUGGUGUUAAAACUAUGACAUGUGAUGACAGUCGCAGUGUGGAAAAAUAUGACUUUACGUUGAAGUAUGAUGACACUCGACCUGAUUUGACCGAAGAACUAAGUGAUAAUGAGAGCCAUGAUCCAUUCAGUAAGAUUGUAGAUCUACCGGAGAUUGACUCUACCACAAGUCGGAAACGAAAACGAACUCAUAAAACGAAACGUCCAGUGAAAGAGAGAAUUCAAAUGUAUGACCAUUCCGAAUCAAAAGAACCACUUGCAGACCUAGAGGCAGAUAAAGUAGUGAAGAUGAUAGUGAAAAAGUUAAUGGAGCCUAAGGUUUACCUUUUUGAGAGAAUCUACAAAGUAGUAGGGAAGGAGAAAAUGUUGGAAUUGUUCUACAAAACUCAAGACAUUGAGGAAGCUGGUGGUUUAUUGAUAGAGAGCAAAGCCAGAAGACGGUCACCAGGAGGCGUGUACAUCCACCUGCUCAAAUCUGACAAUAGUAUUACACCUGAACAAGUGGAUGAAAUAUUUGCUAAAGAGGAACAGGAAUUUAUCCAGUCACUUGAGGAGAAAAAACAGAGAAGGAGAGAGCAAAAACAAAGGAGGAAAGAAAGAAAGCGAUUGAUUCGGUUACUCCCUCAGUCAAAGAAGCCUGGUUUAUCAAAUGUCGCAGGAAACUACAGCAACAGUCAAAAAAAGAGUGAAGUUACCAUGGAAACAACAGACAGUGAAAAUGAAAAGCCAAAUAGUGAUCCAGAGAGUGGGCCGGAUAUUUUGGAUAUGGAUGAGAAAGAUGUGCUGGCUAUUGAUAUUGGAGUAGAUGAAACUAUUGACUGAGCCAAACAUAUAGUUGUUUGAAAUGACCUUCACUGUCAUCUGGUAAUGGCAGCAAGAUGACGGUGUCAUUUCUGAUAGUCCCUGGAUCAUAUAGAGGAUUAGACAGCCCAAGUUCUUCACAUGUUUGGAAUAAACUUGGAUGGUCUGAUUUUGUUCGUAUGUUGGCUGUAAUGAAGCAUUGUUCACUGCAGUUUGUAUGGUGUACUAUUUAUAAGUGCAAGCUACAAAAUGAUAUGGAAAUGAUUUAUAUUCGACAAAAAUGUUUCGUUAUCAACUUUUUCAUUGAAAUAAACAUGAUAAUGGAA